GUUCCUUGUUCUAAAGAAGAUGUUUUUACUAGUCAAACCAUAUCAUUGAUUGAAAAGAGAAAAUUGAUGAGAUUUUUGACUUUUGCUAUAGAUUACACAAAUUCUCCAGAAAUCUUUUCAGGUUUUGAAGAUAAAUUAUAUUCAACUUUUCUUAAAGAGAAAUUCAAAAUCGAAGGAAAUUUAUUAUCAGCAAUUUUGUAUGCAAUUACGUUAAUUCAAAAUGAUGAAUCUAAUGUUAAUACAAUGCAAGGUUUAGAAAAGACUCAAAGAUAUCUCAAGUCUCUUGGUCGAUAUGGUAAUGCACCAUUUUUGGUCGGUCUUUAUGGAGGGGGUAGUGAAAUUGCGCAAGGAUUUUGUAGGGUUUGUGCAGUAUACGGAGGCAUUUAUAUGCUUGACCAUUCAGUAAACCAUAUUUUAAUAGAUAGGAAAUCUAAUAAAUUUUUGGGAUUGGUGGAUAUCAAUGAUCAACAAUUGUCAUCCACUUUCCUAGUUACAGCUAUUGAUUACUUACCCACAAAAUUCAUAAAAGACGGUGAUGAUGAUCUUCGAUGUGAACAAACCUCACGUGCAAUAGUGAUCAUAGAUAAAUUUGUGCAUGAAGAAAACGCUGAUGCCACUCUAACUAUUUUUCCACCAAACACGGUGAAUAACAACAAAUAUCCGAUAAGAGUACUUCAAUUAUCGGCUGGAACACAAACAUGCCCUGAAGAUAGAU